CCAAGUAUAACAUCUAAGUUCUACUCAGAGUAUGAAGGUACAAGAUUGCGAAACAUCAAAAGUAAAUAUGUGGAUGAAAUAAUGAACUCUUAUCGUAAAAGACCACAAGAUCAUUACAUUGUUCCAUUACUUGAAAGCCAGAAAUGUGGUUGGCAUGCUUUUCCCUUGAUGGAAAUAGAUCGUUAUGACAAAAGAUUGUUCUUUGGUAAAAGAACAUCAGAUAUGGUGAAAAUGCAGUUUCUAUCAUAAAUUCAGAACAUAAUAUGAAUUUCCAUUAUGCAAGAAGUACUAAAAUAUUCAAUGCCUAGUCACUGAACAACCUCAAGAGAAAAUAAAGCACAUCUUCCUAGAAAUGACAAGGGGGACAAGGGAAUUAUUUGUCAGAAUAGUCUUGUAACUUUAGCAGUUAAGGCUUUAGAAAUAAAGGAAUUGUUCUUAUUUUAUUUCUUCAACAACUGUUGAUAUUUUCUACAUUAGGGAAGAGUUAAUUGGAUUGAAUAUAUACGUAAUUUAGACA